CUAUAUGGAGCACCUUAAAUAGAUUAUAGGAAGUUCUUAAGAAACUGAGAGAUUAUUUGAAUAAAAGUAUGUAUAAUAUUAGUUCAGCAAGUCUUUUAUUUGAAAAGCUAAUCAGGUUAUGUUGAACAGAUUAGUUCAUUUUUAUCUUAUCUCUUAAAUUUUGUAUAUUUAUUUUAUAAUUUUAUAUAUAUAUAUAUAUAUAUAUAUAUAUAUAUAUAUUUAAUUAUUUAUUUGAUCAUUUAACAUAUUAAUUAACAAUCCAACUAUUAUACCGUUUUUACUAAAACUUUAUGAAGAUAAUUGACAAAUUUUCCAACUGCCUUACUUUUACUUGCACAUAUACUAAAGUGCUAGCAAAAUAAAAAUAGUGAUAACUUCCUCCCUCAAGAUCGAAUGUAUGCCAUUCUUUAAGCCACACAUAUAUAAUCCACAAAUCCCCAACCAAAGUACCCAAAAAAAAAAAAAAAAAAAAAAAAAGAAACAAACAAAAAGAGAACAAAUCUUAUCCUCCAAAAUCCAGUAGCUAUCCUAUAUCCAACAUAUCCAAUGAUCAUCUCUACCACACUCUCCACCACCGCACACCCUCACCUCCUCCUCCACCACUACCACCACCGUCGCCACCAUCAUUACAACCACCACCGCCGUAUCGCAUUCGUCCCAAAAUCCACCCUCAACGACCCGAAAACUGCCAUCAUAAUCGGCGGCGGUCUCGCCGGCCUCUCCGCCGCCACUCACCUCCACUCCUCCAACAUCCCAUUCCUCCUUCUCGAAUCUUCCGACGGCGUCGGAGGUCGCGUCCGUACCGACAUCGUCGACGGUUUCCGCCUCGACAGGGGUUUCCAAAUCUUCAUCACCGCCUAUCCGGAAGCCAAGAAGCUUCUCAAUUACUCCUCAUUGAACCUCCAGAAGUUCUACUCUGGAGCUCGCGUGUAUUUUAAUGGCGGGUUUUUUACAGUAGCUGAUCCUGCUAGACACUUAAUGGACUCUGUUUGGAGUUUAUUUAACCCCAUUGGUUCAGCUCUUGAUAAAUUCCUCAUCGGAUUGGCCAGAGUUCGAGUCUUGAUUAAAUCCGAUGAGGAGAUUUUUCGGUCUGAUGAGGUUCCAGUGAUGGAGUUGCUCAAAAAUUCUGGGUUUUCCGAUUCGAUAAUUGAUCGGUUUUUUAGGCCUUUCUUUGGCGGGGUUUUCUUUGAUACAGAGCUCGAAACUACAUCGAGGUUGUUUGAUUUUAUAUUUAAGUGUCUCGCAUUGGGGGAUAAUACGCUCCCUGCGAAAGGAAUAGGUGAAAUCCCGGAUCAAUUGGCCGCGAAAUUGCCAAGUGAUUGUAUUAGAUUGAAUUCGAGGGUAGUUUCGGUUGAAUUUGAUGAUGAGGGAGAAAAAGGGGUUGUUGUAAGGUUGGAUAAUGGAGAGAAGUUGAGGAGUGAGAUUGGGGUGAUUAUAGCCGUUGAACAACCUGAGGUUGAAAAGCUUUUGGCGGGAAAUUUAAUAGAGGGGGUAAGUAAACCGGGUAAUGAUAAACCGGGUCGGAGUACGGUUUGCUUGUAUUUUUCGUCGGACCGGGAUAAAAUCCCGACUUCAGACCCGGUUUUGUUCUUAAAUGGUUCGGGCCGUGGGAUUGUGAACAAUAUGUUUUUUGCCACUAAUGUAGCCCGGUUAUACGGCCCGCCCGAUAAAGCAUUGGUAUCGGUGUCGUUGAUUGGAUUGUUCGAGGAUGAGUCGGAUGAUGAGUUGAUAGGUAAGGUGGUUCGGGAGCUUGGCGGGUGGUUUGGAGAGUCUGUUGUUGAGGGAUGGAAGCACUUGAGGACUUAUCGGGUCAGGUUUGCCCAGCCCAAUCAAAGCCCGCCAACGGACUUGAUGAAAAGCCCGAGAAUAGGGGCCGGGUUCGGGUUGUAUUUGUGUGGGGAUUAUCAAACUAGUGCCACAUUUGAUGGGGCCUUGGUGUCUGGUAGAAGGGCUGUUGAAGCAUUGCUUGAAGAUAGAGCGGCUAGUGGAGUUGUAUAAGAAGUAAAUUGAUUAAAUUUUGCGCCAAAGAUUGAUUCAUUAUACUACUAGUACGAGUUGGAAGAAAACUAGUUAUAUGGAAACUGCUCGUUAAUGUCUGAGUUGAAUGGAUUUUAUAAAUCAAAUGACAUGAUUGUAAAUAUAAUGUCACUAAGAUAUAGCCGUGGAUGUUUUUUUUUUGUAAAAACAACAAAUUGAUUUAUUGUAUUCUUAAAUAUAUGCACACAAAUAAUCUAGA